AUGGAGAACACAGCUUCAUCUCUGACAAAUAUUUUGAACUCUGCAAUACAAAGUGGUGAGCCACAAAAUCCAAGUGGUGAGCCACAAAAUCUAGCUAGGCAGCAACAUCAUUUUCCUUCACCCCAAUACCCCAUGAACUAUCCACCACAAUUUCCUACCCCUUUCCACCCCCAGUAUUCACACAUGUUCGGUCCCUUUGGAUCCCAAACAAACUACCCACAAUUCCCAUUCCCAUCACAAGGAAGCUACCAAGGUACCUCUUACCAAGGGAUGGAACAAUACCCACAAGGGGUUGGUCAUGCAUCACAAGUUGGAUCCAUGGGUUUCUUCCAAGGUUUCCGAGGGGCUAAUUCACGGGUUGAUGAGAGCAGCCCCAUUGGUUCAUCUUCUCCAGUGUCCCAAGAGCAACAACAGACUGGUGUUCCUCCUGCAAACACACCAGCUUUGGAGUGA